AUGUUGUCUUCUAUGAUCCCCACUACUGUCCUUGCACUUUGCGCAACAGUUACACUCGCUGUCCAAACGAUAGAAAUCAAAGGUUCCGACUUCGUCAACUCUGUUACCGGUGAUCGAUUCCAACUUUUGGGUGUUGCAUACCAGCCAGGUGGAUCUUCAGGUUAUAAUCCUGCGAGCGGUGUUGAUCCUCUCAGUGAUGGAGCAGUUUGUCUGAGAGAUGCGGCUUUGAUGCAACAAUUGGGUAUUAAUGCUAUUCGUGUGUACAAUGUGGAUGGAAAUCUCAAUCAUGAUGAAUGUGCAAGUAUCUUCAAUGAGGUUGGCAUUUAUAUGUUAAUUGAUGUGAAUUCCCCUCUGGUCGGCGAGAGUAUCGAUCGAAGCGCCCCGUGGACUACUUAUGAUGUCUCAUACUUGAACAGAACCUUCGCUGUUGUUGAAGCCUUCAAGGAUUACCCAAACACUUUACUUUUCUUUGCUGGAAAUGAGGUUAUCAAUGACGAUGACACUGGAGUAACCGUUCCUAUAUAUAUGAGAGCCGUAACACGAGAUCUCAAGAACUAUAUCUCGAAACACGCCUCCCGUUCCAUUCCCGUCGGUUAUAGUGCUGCAGACGUCCGCGAUAUUCUCCUUGAUACAUGGAACUACCUUCAAUGCACCACUACCGGGGAUGAUUCCGAUCCAUCUAGAUCCGAUCUUUUUGCCCUCAACAGUUACUCAUGGUGUGGUGACUCUUCGUUCACUACUUCCGGUUAUGAUGUCCUUGUCUCAGAUUUCAGCAAUACUAGUGUCCCCGUAUUCUUCUCUGAGUAUGGUUGCAAUGUUCCGGCUCCGCGUGUUUUCACAGAAGUUCCUGUUCUCCAUGGUCCAUUGAUGACUCCAGUUCUGUCCGGAGGAAUGGUUUAUGAAUUUUCGCAAGAGACGUCGAAUUAUGGAUUGGUCAGCAUUAAUGAUGAUGGAUCUGCUCAACUUCUUUCGGAUUACAGCACUCUUCAGUCUCAACUCAACACUCUCGACAUCAAAAGCAUUCAGGGAGUCAAGGCACAGAAUACAACGACAAUCGCGCCGACCUGUGAUCCAUCCCUCAUUACCAGUUCAACCUUUGCCUCCGACUGGACCCUUCCAGCUGUUCCACCAGGAGCUGAGGAUCUUAUCAACAACGGAAUCCCCAAUGCCAACAAUGGAAAGAUUAUCUCGGUUUCAAACACCAAGGUCACCCAAAAGAUUACAGAUGUCGGAGGAAGCAUCAUUUCCGACCUCGCCAUUAAGCCACUAUCAAAUGAUGAAAGUAACAACCCGUCCGGUGAAACCACCGGCUCAAACGCCACAUCUUCAUCUUCAUCUACAUCCACAUCCACAUCGCCAACCACAACUUCGUCUUCCAUCACUACAAGUGGCACUAGAUCCGCUGCAACUUCUACCAGCACUCUCAAGAACGCAGCAGGCAAAGUUGAAGGUAGCAUAAUUGCCUUGGUAGCUAUGCUCGGAGUAGGAUUCUUCCUCGUCUAA